AUGUUUUCAUCGCUCAAAUCUCUCAGCUCCAACAUAUCGGCCAAUUACCAAAUCUCACCGCAUCCGUCGGUAAUAUCGGGCCCUUGGAAGAUUCACGAUGGGAAGAAAAAGUCGACAGGGACCUCGGCGUCCAUUUUUAUCUUUGACAAGAAGGUCCUUGAACCUCGAUCAGGCGGACUAGGUGGUCGUUCAAGCUCCUCCUCGGUGAAGAAAUUACAGGAGGAUGUUGUUGAACGAUUGAAACGAGAAGCCAGCAAUUUGGCCCGUCUAAGACACCCGUCCAUCCUACAGGUCCUGGAGCCUGUAGAAGAGACCCGCAAUGGUCUCAUGUUCGCAACCGAGCAGAUCACUGCUUCGUUAUCUGGUCUCUUGCAGGAGAAAGACACGCAGGAAAGCACCUCGAGAGUCGGCUCGCGGACCAGUCGCUAUAUGGUCGAAGAAUCAGAUGGAACACGCAGGCGGAGAGAUCUGGAGAUCGAUGAACUUGAAAUCCAGAAGGGGCUUCUCCAAGUCGCAAAAGGUCUCGAGUUCCUCCAUGAAUCGGCGGGCCUUGUCCACGGCAACUUGAACCCUCAAGCCAUUUAUAUCAAUGCGAAGUCCGACUGGAAGAUCUCCGGUCUCGGGUUUGCCGGGCCCCCUGAUUCUACAGAAUCACGGUCAUCCCUCCCCCCGUUAGCAUUGUCAGAGGUACUCUAUCAGGACCCACGUCUACCCAAGUCAGUCCAGUUAGACUUGGACUACACAUCACCAGAUUUUGCGAUGGACUCCAAUGUGACGGCCGCCGCCGAUUUGUUUUCUCUCGGGCUCAUCAUCAUAGCCCUCUACAACUCGCCCCACGCCUCUCCACUGCAAGCUCAUUCGAAUUUGACGUCGUACAAGAAACUACUUAGCUCUCCCUCUACCACUCCCUCGCAAGGAAAUAACUUUCUCUGCUCUGGCUCGAUCCCUAAAGACCUUUUGGCCCACGUACUGCCCAGGCUGAUCACCAGAAGACCAGCCGAGCGAAUGAACGCCAAGGAAUUCCAGCAAUCUCAAUAUUUCGAUAAUAUACUGGUCUCUACCAUUCGGUUCCUGGAAUCACUGCCAGCCAAGAACCCUAACGAGAAGUCACAAUUCAUGCGCGGACUCCAGCGUGUGCUUCCCGAGUUCCCUGUCUCUGUCCUUGAGAGAAAGGUUCUUGGGGCUCUGCUGGAGGAAUUGAAAGACCGUGAGCUCCUGUCUCUGAUCCUACAAAACAUCUUUGCGAUCUUACGACGCAUUCCAAAUGCGCGCCGUGUCCUUCCAGAGAAGGUAAUACCCCAGCUUAAAGAGGUGUUUCCUACGGGCAAAGGAGCUCUGCAGGAACGCGACUCCAGGAGAGAUGCCGGCCUCAUGGUCGUUCUCGAGAAUAUGAACCUCAUUGCAGAAAAUUGCUCGGGGAUGGAAUUCAAAGAUGAUAUGCUGCCACUGAUACGACUGGGUCUUGAUUCGCCUACGCACUCGCUGGUCGAUGGUGCCAUUAAAUGCCUGCCUGUGAUCCUUCCUGUUCUCGACUUCAGUACGGUGAAAAACGAAGUCUUCCCGCCGAUCGCCUCAACAUUUAGCAAAACCAACAGUCUUGGUAUCAAAGUGCGGUGCCUCGAAGCGUUCACUGUACUCUGUGGCGGGUCUUCCGAGAAAGAAGUGGCCCUGGAAGAUGAAUUGUCCGGCGUUGCCCCGAAGAACAAAUCCCCGUCGGUAAAGUCGUCUAUUCUGGACAAGUACACCAUACAGGAGAAGCUCGUACCAUCUUUGAAAGCGAUCAAAACGAAAGAGCCUGCUGUCAUGAUGGCCGCACUGGCCGUGUUCCAACAGAUUGGUACUGUUGCGGAUUCUGAUUUUCUUGCUCUGGAGGUUCUUCCCAUCCUAUGGAGCUUCAGUCUGGGUCCGCUUCUUAAUCUACAGCAAUUCGGGGAGUUCAUGGCCUUGAUCAAGAGUCUCUCUUCCAGAAUCGAACGCGAGCAGUCGAAAAAGCUUCAAGAGCUCUCCUCUGGAGGGGAUUCUGGUGGCUUCCAGAACGGCACGAGAGGCUCUGUGAAUGCGCCCAGCAAUUCUGCACAUACUGAUAUGGAUUCGACGAGGAACAACUUCGAACGUCUGGUUUUGGGGCGUGAUUCUGCGCCAUCGAAUAGCCAAGACCUGGACCCCUGGGGAAGUCUGGGGUCUGAAAUCCCGGCUGUCCAAGCUUCCACACAGAGGGCGCCUUCCACGGCAUUCUCUUGGGCGUCCAAUACGCCAGGCUCAGCAAACAGAGCCGACACCCCGUCUAGACAAUCCGCCCUUAGUGUGCGCUCCAUCACUCCUGAUUACAACUUGAGCUCAUUUCCCUCUCUCGAGCCCGCGUCAAGACACAAAUCGCCGACAACGCCAGCGUUUCCCGCAUUGCAACCAUCGCCGUCGGCUUCUUGGGGCAUGGCGAGUGCGGCGAGUCCUCAACAACCAUUCCAAGCAAGCACUAUGGCAGCUCCGCCAGCUCCCAAUUAUUCUGCCUUUUCAAUCCCACCCCCUCCUGCUUCCCAGAGCUCCAUGGGGGCGUUUUCAGGCACCAGUGGCCUAACGAGUCCCACCAUCCCUACACCUUUUGGUGGGAACGCUAUCCCAAAGCCCGCCCUUAACCAGGCCGCACAGCCUCAAGGAGGCAAACAGGGCCUUGAUAAGUAUGAGAGCCUCUUAUAA